AUGGCUGAACUGUCACCUCGAUACUCUCCGGUCGAGGACACGCUGCGCUGUCAUGAAUCCAACCUUCCUGCGAUCCUUGGAGUCACCGGAGCUUUUGCUGGCGCUGUCUUCAUAGCAGUCACACUACGCUUCUACGUCCGGUUCAGGAUGCUCAAGUUCGUUGGGUCGGACGACUUCACGAUGCUUGCCGCUAUGCUCAUGGCAAUCGCAACAUUCAUAUGCUUCAUUGGCGAGUCUAAUUGGGGUUUGGGCAGGCAUGCAGAGUGUAUAGCUCCGUCGGAUUUGGAGAUGUUCUUCAAAUGGCAAUUCUACCACUCAUUGUGGGUGAUGUUCGGCGUCGUUCUGGUUAAGAUAUCGGUUGCGCUUUUUCUCAUGCGACUUGCACCACGCGAUCUGUGGAAAAGGUUCUUGUGGGCCGCAAUUGCAUUUCUGACCUGCUUCGGUGUUGCCUGCGCCGGCACGCUUAUUUUCUCUUGUGUACCUCCAGGAGCAUCAUGGAAUGUUGCCCUUCGCUUAGAUCCUAAAACGAAGUGCUUCUCGAACACCACCUUUGCAAACAUUGGCCUUUUCAACAGUAUCAUUAAUAUCGCUACCGACUUCCUCUUCGCACUUCUUCCGAUUCCAAUCGUUCUCGGCCUGCAGGUCAAUGUCCGUACCAAGAUUUCACUGGUCUUCAUUCUGUGCCUGGGGUUUGUAGCCUGCGCGGCUGGCAUUGUCAAAGCGCAUCUGCAAACAACCUUCCUGGCGAACGCAGAC